AUGCCGCACGCAGAACGCUUCACGAUCGACACUGUCCAGAAACAUGGCGAUUGGAGAGAUGACCUGUUCCGGGAUGGUUUCGUCGUGUUGAAGGGCUUGAUAUCGACGGAGGAUUCGGAAAGGUAUAAACAGAAUAUGUUUUCCUGGUUGGAGAAAUUCCCGUUCGGCUUUGAUAGGAAUGACGAGAAGACGUGGACGCCUGAGUAUCUGCCGACGCAUAUGAAAGGGGGAAUGUAUCACGGGUACGCGGUCCAGCAUGAGAGGUUUAUGUGGGAGGCAAGACAACGUGGCGAACCUAACGAGGGAAGCAGGGAGCCGAAAGUCAUCGAGGCCUUUGAGAAACUAUGGGGUACAAAAGACCUUCUCGUCUCCUUCGACGGCAUGAACUUCACCCUCCCUUCUCACCCCCGUCCAGCCACCGAACCAUGGCCGCACAUCGACCAGUCUCCCACCCGCCUUGGUCUGCAAUGCGUGCAAGGAAUCCUCAACUUCGCGCCCAACGGUCCUCAGGACGGCGGGCUCAUGGUCAUGAAAGGCUCGCAUAAGCUCAGCGAGGAGUUUUUCAGCGCCCACGCUGACGUUUUGGGAAGGAAGACUUGGGGCCCGGGUGAUUGGUUUGGGUUUGAGCCGGAAGAGGUGAAGUGGUUUGAGGGCAAGGGCUGUGAGCUCUUGAAGGUAUGCGCUGGUGUAGGAGAUGUUAUUUUGUGGGAUUCUCGCACGGUGCAUUACAACGUGCUCCCUGAGAGCGAAAAUAUAAGGGCGCUGAUCUAUGCGUGUUAUACGCCUGCAUCCUUCGCUACCCCAGACGACCUGGGUAAGAAAGCGGAACUAUUCGAUCAGCGGAAAGGAACUACACAUUGGCCACAUGCAAAUAUUUACCCGAAUGACGAGAAGAAGCUUCGGUUGGGGAAACCAGAUGUCAAUGAGAGAGAUCGACCGUUUGAGGAACCUGAGAUGAAUGAUGUUGUUUUGAAACUAGCCGGGCGACUUGCUUAUUGA